AUGUCGACUCAGCAAAGUCAGCCCGAGUUGAAAUCGAGAUCAGUGGUCUCUUGCUUCAUUUUCUCAGUUGAAAAGGCCACUCUACGGGUCGCUUUGUUUCAACGAACCCCUAUCGCAGGAAAUAUAAAUGCGCAUGAAUCACCACUUGCAGCUGCAUGGCGGGAGAUACAAGAAGAAACCACCUUGACAACACAACAACUGGAGUUUUGGCGAUAUGGAAAGCCAUAUUCAUUCAGCGAUCCGGCUGUGGGGCGAAAGUGGACUAUUCACCCCCUAGCAUUUCGUUUUCGAGACACCGAGGGUAGCGACCUGGACAACUCAAUGAUCAAAAUUGACUGGGAACACGAAGAUUGGGGCUGGUAUCGACCGGAGAACGUGAUGAGCGAUGAGAAGUUCGGCGGUAUCCCUCGCCUGGCAAAAAGUCUUGGACGAGUGUGGUUUGAAAGGGAGAUGCCACAAGGGUCAAGUCAAGCAUUGCAAUCCUGCCUCGAAGAACUUCAGAUAAAUCAACAACGGGCAUCCAAUGAAUUGACCUCUAUCGCACUAAAAGGAUUCCGAGAUGUGCUAGUACAUCUCGACAGCGAUCCGAAAUGGUGGGAUACUACCAGAAUGGCAGCUUGGCAUAUCUGGAAGAACGGCCAUGAAAGCAUGGCAGUUGGCACUUUAAACGCCUUGCUAGCGGCUCUUCGUGACAUUGAGGACGUUAUCGAUCGCAAUCUCGAUAAUGAAACGAGAUGGGAUCGUGUCCUUGCCGUUCUGGACCACAAUCUUGCGGAGCACCGAAUGCUGCCGUCGCGAAUCCAAGAGUCCUUUGUCGAUUAUCUCCAGAGGCAUUACAUUUCAACGGCGAACACGCAAUCACGCCAGAAGCUUACGAUUCUUACACUGUCUGCCAACUCGACCAUUCGAGACGGACUUCUGGAUGCUCUUGCGUCCACACCUAUAUCCCAUCUCGACAUACAUAUUCUCGAGUCUCGUCCACAUUUUGAGGGCGCCACCAUGGCUUCGUCUCUGGUGGCUGAAUCCGAGGCAAAGUUUAUAUCAUCGCCGCAUCGGGUUGUGAAAGUGACAGUGCACACAGAUGCCUCUGCUGCUCUUGCCUCUAUCAAUGUGGACUUGGUGCUUAUAGGAGCAGACUGGAUUUCCAGCUCGGGUUGUGUGAGCAGCAAGACGGGGUCUUUGCCAGCUGUUCUCAGUGCGAAGCAUAUCAGCCCAAAUUCGAAGGUCUUGAUUCUGGGUGAAUCAGAGAAAGUAUCUUACAUGGAUAGAGAAGCCCACCACGAGUGCCGGGAAUGUGACCCCACUGAAGUGAUGAGUACUUGGCUCAAUAGCGGGAUCAAAGGAGUCAAUAUUCUUCAGGGGUCGCAGGACCUUGACCCCGAAGCUUCGACAUGCACGACGCGCGUGAAGAAUGUUUAUUUUGAGUGGGUUCCAGCGGAUCUCAUUGAUGGAUACGUUUGUGAAGACGGGACGGUUGAUGUCUCGGUGAUUCAGCAAAGGGCGAGAGAAGUGAAGAAGAGGUCGAAUAGGUAUUUUGAAUCUUUGUAG